AUGACUUCUUUAACAGAUGCUAUUGAAAAAAGUUCUCGUCAUUUUCGUGAUCCAACUGGUGGAACAUACGCAAAUUGGCUUGUACCAUUACUUCAAUUAGUUGAUGCUUUUCUUGUUAUGGGAACACUUGAAAAUGAAGAAAAUUUUACUGAAGGUUUACUUGAAAUGACAUUAGAUGAACCAGUUAAACUUCAAUUAUGUCAUAUUUUACAACAUUUAUGCGAUUAUCAAUUACAAUAUCGUAUUGAAAGUAUUAUUGCAUUUUCCGAAGAAUUUUUUGGAAGAUUACAAGCAGAUCAAAAACGACGAUAUCAAGUUUUAAAAGAAUCAAGUUUACCACCAGCAUUAAUGGCAAAAAAAACUCGAGAAUUUCGUUGUCCACCAAAAGAUCAAAUGCAAGCAUUACUUAAUUUUAAAAAUGAUUUAGGUGACGCAAUUGUUUUUAAUGAAGAUAUGGAAGAAGAAAUAAAAGAUAUGCUAAAAAGUUUCCAUUCAAAUUUACUUGUUUUACAACAAGUUGUUGAGACAAGUCCUGUGAUUUAUCAACAAUUGAAUGUAAAUCAGAUUGAUCAUAAUGAACAAAUUUCAUUAUUUUCACGUUUACUUGAAAUGCUUAUACGACAUGCAAUAAAACAGAAGCAAGAAGAAAAUAUUAUUGUUGAGAAACAAUUAACAUGUAAAUCAGGAAUAAUAAAUGAAAAAUCAGUUCCUGAUAUAACAUCAUUAUUACGUAAAUUAAGUAUAAUUCGUGCACUUUUAACUGUUCAAAUGGAUUCAGAUGAAGAAGCAAUAAUGAUAUCAUGUUUAAAUGAUAUAAUGGAUAAUCGAGUAUUUUAUCAACAUCCAGAUUUAAUGCGUUCACUUUGUGUACAUGAAACAGUCAUGGCUAUAAUGGUUAAUCGUUUAAAUAAAAGUAAACAAGAACAAACAUCAAUGUCAUCAAUAAAUGAUAUCGAUGGUAUUAUACAAACAAAUGAAAAUAAAGUUGAACUUGUAACAACAUGUUGUAAAUUUUUAUCAUAUUUUUGUCGUACAUCACGUCAUAAUCAACGAGCUAUGUUUGAACAUUUGAGUUAUUUAUUAGAAAAUAGUCCAAUGUUACUUUCACGUCCAUCGCUUCGUGGUUCAGCAACAUUAGAUGUAGCUAGUGCUAGUAAAAAAAUAGCUUCUUAUUUAUCAGGUUGUGGUACAACAAGAAAUGAAGAAUUAUUCCUUCAAGGUUAUCAUGAUAUUGGUUGGGAUCCAGUUGAUGGUGAACGAUUUCUUGAUUUUCUUAAAUUUUGUGUUUGGGUUAAUGGUCAUACGGUAGAAGAAAAUGCUGAUUUAGUUGCACGUUUACUUAUUCGUCGUUCAGAUUGUUUAGGUCCAGCAUUGAGAAGUGAAGGUGGAGGUUUACUUAAAGCAAUACGAGAAGGUAUUGCACAAUUACUCUAUAUUGCGCGACGACAAAAUCCUGAUGAUCCUGUUAUACAAGCUGCUUAUCAAGAAAUAAUUGAUGAUGAAAGCAUGCAUAAUUUAAAUGAAGAAUAUGAUCAUCUACAAGUUCGUUUGCCAUAUGCAGAUGAUGAAGAAUAUAUCGAUUUAGAUGCUGCUCAAUUAUCAUUUUAUGCUAUAUUGGGUGAAUUAUUAGGGCGAUGUGCACCAUCUGAAGAAACUAUUAAAAUGGGAAAACAAAAUGCUAUUCGAGCAAAAUCAAGUCUUAAAAGUCUUGUUUCAAUGCAUGAUCUUGAAGGUGUUCUUGGUCUUAAAUUUCUUUUAUCAAAUGAAAAUUCAAUGCCACCUGGUCUUCAGCCUUCUCAUAAAAUGUCAAUUAUACUUUUUCUUGAACGUGUCUAUGGUAGUCCUGAUCAAGAAACAUUUUUUCGUCUUAUUGAAGAGGCAUUUCUUCCUGAUAUUCGUUGUGCUACUAUUCUCGAUAUGGCAGCAGUAUCUGAAAAUGAUAUGGCAUUAGCAUUAAAUCGUUAUUUAUGUACUAGUGUUAUACCAUUAAUGGCAUCACAUGCACAUUAUUUUGAUAAUUGUGAUCAUCGAUCAUCACUUCUUGAAUCUAUAUUACAUACGAUUUAUCGUUUAUCAAAAUGUCGUUCAUUAACUAAAAAUCAACUUGAUAGUAUUUGUGAAUUUUUACUUGCUUUUGCCAGUCAAUUAAAAGCAUCAAUGAUGACACCAUUAUUAAGAAAACUUGUUCAUGAUGUACCAGCGUUGACAGAUCAAACUAUUGUACCAUUGAGAAUGCUUACUCAAUGGUAUGAACAAUGUAGUCGAUAUUAUACGAUUUCUGCUGCAGAAGAAGAAAAACGUUUAACAAUGAUGUUAUUUCAAAAGAUUUUUGAUGCACUUGCAUCUCGAGCUUACGAUCCUGAAUUGUUUGGAAAAGCAUUGCCAUGUUUAACAGGUAAGUGUGUGACUAAUUUAUUUAUAGAAAUAUUUAUAUAUAUUCUCGUACUGAUAGCAAUUGGUAGUGCUCUAUCACCAGAUUAUGCUUAUUCAAUAACGCAACAAGAUUAUUUGGAUCACGAACGAGAAAAAGUUGAAAUGUCUCGUAGUUAUGAACCUAAUCCAGCUGAUACAUCAAAUGUUGUAUUGAGUCCGACAUUAGAAGAUUUUGUUAAAGCUUAUGCUGAAAGUGUUCAUGAUCAAUGGUCUUAUGCUAAAAUCGAACAAGGUUGGACAUAUGGUGAACAAAUUAAUGAUAAAUUUCGUCAACAUCCAAAUUUAAAAUCAUACAAACUUCUUGAUCGAAUGGAUAUUGUUAAACUUGAAGAUCCUAUUCGUGAAGCAUUAAAAUCUAUUGAAAAGUUACAAUUUCAUUUAGAAAAAACUGAUACAGGUUUAACACGUAUAGCUGCAAAACCAUUACAACGAAAAAAACAAAAAGAUAAAGAUGCUCCAGAUUAUACACCGAAAGCAUUGGAUUUUAAUAGUGUAACAAUGAAUCGAGAUAUGCAGGAAUUAUCUGAAGCUUUAGCUCGAAAUGCUCAUGAAAUUUGGGCAAAACAAUUAAAAGAUCGUCUUGCUGCAAUUGGUAAUUAUCUAAUUAUUUCCAUUAAAAUUUAUUUAUCAUAUUGUUUAGGUGGUGGUCUUCAUUGUCGACUUGUUUCAUUUGAAUUAUUAACUGAUAAAGAAAAACAAAAACAUUUAAAAUUUUAUCAAGAUCUUGUUAAAUAUCUUCAUACAUUUGGUUAUCGUGUUGUCAAAACUAUUCAUGAAGUAAAUACAACAAUAUCAAAUUUAACUCUACGUGUUGCUUUAAUGUCAGCAUUAAUAAAUGAUAAACGUUUUGCAUAUAGUUUAUUAGAAAAAUUACUUGAAUAUGUUGAACGUGCAUCAAUAACAAUGCAAAAUUAUAAAGAAAGUUCAAAAUUUUCCUUACAUGAAACUUAUCGUUUAACAACAAAAGAUGUGAAAUUUUUUGGAAAAGUCGUUCUACCACUUAUUGAAAAAUAUUUUCAAGCACAUAGAAAUUAUUUUAUUGUACCACCAUCAUUAAAAACGGGUAAUAGUUAUGCAUCAGUUAAAGAAAAAGAAAUGAGCUGUAGUUUAUUUUGUAAAUUGGCAUUUUUACUUCGACAAAAAUUUAGUGCAUUUGGAAAUGAUGUUAGUAUAACUGUUCGUUGUUUAAAAGUACUUGUUCGUGCUAUUGAUGUUAGUCAAGAAAUGGUUCGUGCUUUAUUAUUACCAUUAUUUAAUAAUAUUGCUGAAGAUCUUAAUCAAACUGUACAAAAUCUCGAACAAAGACGUUAUAGUAAUAUAAAAGGAACAUUACAACGUGGAACAACUAGUCUAGCUUAUAUACACAUGGUUCUUUUACCUGUACUUUUAUCAUUACUUGAUCAUUUGGGAAAGAAUAAUUAUGGUGUAGAUGUAUUCGUGUAUACUCAAACAAUUAUUUUUAAUUGUUCAAUAAAUCUUGUUGAACCAUAUUUUUUACCUGUAUCACAACGUAUAAAAUCAAAAUGUGAAGAUUUAUAUGCACAAGAACAAUCAUUAAAAAAUGCAACUCGCUUAGAAUCAUCUGAACGUGAAGAUCUUGAAUUAGAUUUAAUGAAAGAUUAUGAAAUUCUUGUUCGUGAUAUUUACGCAUUUGGACCAUUAUUAAUUAAAUAUGUCGAUAUUCAUCGAUCGUAUUGGCUUAAAAAUAGUGAUAUACACGCAGAAGAAUUAUAUAAUAAUAUGGCUGAAGUAUUUUCUAUUUGGUGUAAAUCAAAAUAUUUUAAACGUGAAGAACUUAAUUUUGUAACUACACAUGAUAUUGAUAAUACAAGUAUGUUAAUGCCAAGUGGAACAAAUCAAACAACAAAUACAACAUCAACGAAAACUACAAAUGAUGUUAGUGGAAAACCAAAAAGAAAAAAACGGCGACUUGACAAAGAAAAAUUUACAUCAUUAAAUGUUGCUUGUAUAAAACGUUUAUUAACUAUUGGAAUGAAUACAUUUGGUGGACGAGAACAAGAACUUGUUCAAUUAGCUAAACAUAAAAUGAUUGAAAUUGGUUCAAAAUCGUAUCAUAGUGGUAUAAAUCAUUCGGAAGAAACAUCUAUAAAAAAUAUGUUAAAAAUGGCUAAAGUUUUAUUUGGUUUACAUUUUGUUGAUCAUCCUCCAACACAUCGACGUAGUACAUGGCGAAAACUUGUUUCGUCACAACGUAAAAAAGCUAUUAUGGCCUGUUUUCGUAUGGCACCAUUACAUUCAGUUACACGACAUCGUGCUAUGAAUAUGUUUUUACGUGCAUAUCGUGAAUUAUGGCUUGAAGCUGAAGAAGAUAUACGUGCACGUUUAAUUGAAGAUCUUUGUAGUGAUUCUCAUCAAAUUAAUGAACAAGAUACAACAACGAUGAAAGAAGAAACUGAAACUGAAACUGAAAGUUUAGCAUUAUCAAUAACAAUGAAACCAGAUCCAUUAAAACAAUUAUUACAAUGUUUAAAUCGAGCUGCAACUACUGCUCAAGUUUUUUCAAUUACUGAAGAUAUUAUUUAUUUAUCUUAUUCAACGAUUAUGAGUAAAGAACAAGAAAUGGAAAAACAAAAAUUACUCUAUGAACAAAAUCGAUUAGCUAAUCGAGGUGCGUCUGAAACUGUAUUAUUAUAUAUAAGUGCAAGCAAAGGUGAAAAUAAUGAAAUGCUUCGACGAACAUUACAACUUGGUAUAUCAUUAUUACAUGGUGGUAAUCGAGAAGUUCAAAAACGAAUGUUAAAUUAUUUAAAAGAAACAAAAGAUGUUGGAUGUUUUACAUCAUUAGCAACAUUAAUGGCUAAUUGUAGUGUACUUGAUCUUGAUACAUUUGAACGUUGUAUUAAAGCUGAAGUACUUGGUGUUGGUUCGGAAGGAAUGGCUGGAGAAAAAAAUUUACAUGAUGCCGAUUUUAUAAUAUCACUUUUUCGUUUUUGUCAACUUUUAUGUGAAGGACAUAAUCUUGAAUUUCAAAAUUAUCUUCGUUUACAACCUGGAAGUAGUACAAAUGUGAAUAUUAUUAUUUGUACUGUUGAUUAUUUACUUAGUUUACAAGAAUCAUUAAUGGAUUUUUAUUGGCAUUAUUCAGGCAAAGAAACAGUUGAUUCAUAUGGAAAAGAAAAUCUUUGUCGAGCUAUUAGUGUUGCUAAACAAGUUUUUAAUACAUUAACUGAAUACAUUCAGGGUCCAUGUCCACAAAAUCAAUUAGCAUUGGCAAAUAGUCGUUUGUGGGAUGCUAUUGCUGGAUUUUUAUAUAUUUUUGCACAUAUGCAAAGAAAAUUAUCUCAAGAUCCAACACAAAUUGAAUUAUUACGUGAAUUUAUGAAAUUACAAAAAGAUAUGAUUAUUAUGUUAUUAUCAAUGCUUGAAGGCAAUGUUCUCAAUGGACCAAUUGGUAAACAAAUGGUUGAUACAUUAAUUGAAUCUCAAGUUAAUGUUGAAUUAUUAUUACAAUUUUUUGAUAUAUUUCUUAAAAUAAAAGAUUUAACAACAUCUGAAGCUUUUCAAGAAUAUGAUGCAAAUAAAGAUGGAUUUAUAUCUCCAAAAGAAUUUCGUCGAGCUAUGGAAGCACAAAAAGUCUAUACAAAUCAAGAUAUGGAUUAUAUAUUAAAUUGUGUUGAUAUAAAUCAAGAUGGAAAAAUUGAUUUUAUGGAAUUUACAGAACGUUUUCAUAAUCCAGCUAGAGAUAUUGGUUUUAAUAUGGCUGUUUUAUUAACAAAUCUUUCUGAACAUAUGCCACAUGAUAUACGUUUACAACGUUUAAUGGAUAAAGGAAAAAGUUUUCUAUCAUAUUUUCAAGAUCAUCUUGGUAGAAUUGAAAUUAAAGGUGGUGCUGGUUAUAUUGAACGUGUCUAUUUUGAAAUAACUGAAUCAAAUAUUGAACAAUGGAAUAAACCACAUAUUAAAGAAUCGAAAAAAGCAUUUUUACAUUUAGUAGUCAAUGAAACAGAUGAUAAAGAAAAAUUAGAACAAUUUAUUAAUUUUUGUGAAGAUACUAUUUUUGAAAUGCAACAUGCAGUUGCUAUUAGUGGUGAAGAAGAUGAUCAAACACAUCAAGCAGUGAAAUCUUCAAAUAUUGAACCAAAUAUUGUUCAUUCAACAAAAUCUAAACCUAUAAAAUUAGCACUUUCAUAUUCCUGGUCGAAUAUAAAAUAUCUCUUUCAUUUACUUCAUCCAUCAACAAUUUAUAAUACUUAUAAUCAUUUUCGACAAAUGACAUUUAAAGAUAUGAUUAAAAAUCUAUUUUUAUUAUUAAUCAAAUGUAUUCAAUUAUUAUUUAUCAUAAUUAUUUGUGUGUUUAGAACAUUAACAUACUGUAUUUGUAAUUUAAUGGUUGAAGAUGAUCAACAAGAUAUACAAAGACCAGAACGAACUUCUUUACCAUCAUUGCCACACCAUCAUGACUAUCGUCUACGUAUAUUUCGAAUUCUAGCGCAAAAAAAAAAAGAUCAAACUGAACCUUGUUAUGUUUUUUUAAUUUUAGCUUCGAUUAGUAUUCCACAACAUGGUUCUGCAGAUGGUGAAGAUUUAAUAGCAGUCAAUGCAUUUGGAGUUGAUCUUAAUUUAGAUUUAGAAAUAAAACAUAGAAUGUCUUUAACUGAUGAAGAAAUAAAUUUAAUUGUAACGGAUAGUACUCGAAUGAUUGAUUCUCACCAAAAACCUUCAUUUAUGCAUAAUAUUGAUUUAUCAUCAGGACAAUAUUUAUCAUCAUCAAUUACAAGUACAACUACACAGUUCUCACCAUCAAUAACAACUUCUGGACCUUAUAGAUCACAAUCAAUUACGGCAACAAGUAUGUCACAAAAUGGAAUUGAAAAAUCUAAACGUGCACUUGAAGUAAAUACUCAAGCUGAAUAUCAACAAAGACGAACAUCAGCUAAUACCAAUAACAUAACAGGCGAAGAUGAUGAUGUCACUCCUUCCGAACCACCGACACGAACAGAUUUUGGAAAGAAAGCUCUGGCGAUGCCAUUAGCUGCAAUAGUUAAUGAACCAGGUUCUUCUGAUGAUAUGGAACAAGUUGAUGAAGAUGAAAAUGACAAUGAAAUAAUAGUAAUGGAUCCAAAAAAACAUUAUAUGAUUUAUUUAUUACAAGCAGCUGCAUUUUUACAUUCAUCAAUUGCAUUUUUAAUGAUGAUUAGUUAUUAUAAAUUAAAAGUCCCAUUAGUUAUAUUUAAACGAGAAAAAGAAAUAGCUCGAAAAUUAGAAUUUGAAGGUGCUUGGUUAAUUGAUCAACCAAGUGAAAACAAUUCUUGGAUAUUAUCAUAUUUAUCACGUGAAUGGCAUAAACUUGUUAUUAGUUCAAAAUCAUUUCCUGAUUCUUAUUGGGAUAAAUUUGUUAAGAAAAAAGUUCGAAAUAAAUAUUCCGAUCAAUUUGAUUAUGAUGAAUUAAGUCGAUUUUUGGGUAUGGAAAAAAAUGAUACACCCGGAAAAUUUGAAAUUGUUAAACCAGUUGAAACCGGUCUAUGGGCAAAGAUUAAAUCUAUUGAUAUGCGUUAUCAAAUUUGGAAAUGGGGUAUUAUCUUUACUGAUAACUAUGUUAAAAAUAACAAGGAAGCUGAUAAUGAUUGGUUUCGUCUUGAAUCAAAUCAAGACGGAACUCGUUGGUGGGGAAAAGCAUGGACAAUACAAGAUAUGUUACGUUAUGAGUUUGAUAUUGAAUUUGAUAUACCUGUUACAUAUCCAAUGACAGCUCCUGAAAUUGCAAUACCAGAUCUUGAUGGAAAAACAGCAAAAAUGUAUCGUGGAGGAAAAAUUUGUAUGACUGAUCAUUUUCAACCAUUAUGGGCUCGAAAUGUGCCACGUUUUGGUAUUGCACAUGCACUAGCUCUUGGUCUUGGUCCUUGGUUGGCUGUUGAAAUACCUGAUUUAAUUGCUCGUGGUGUUGUCGUACAUAAAGAACGAACAACAACGAAUGGUGAUAGUGCUGCAUCAUCGACGAAAUAG